CUCUCUUGCAUUCCUUGCUUAUUUCCGCAUCUUGAAUUUUAUCCUUCGAGAAGAAGAAGAGUUUUGCUUCACGGCAUCACACCGAGCUGUGGGCUUUAGUUGGAUUUCGGUUGCUCGUCCUUAACUUAACGAAUUGUGCUAAAUCACUCCGAAUUCUCGUGAUUUUUUUGGCGUGCUACUGUCCGUUGUGGUCCUUUUGGCUGCUUCAUUUUUACCAUGUUCCGCGGUCAGCUCAUCGUUAUCAGAUUAAUGGGUCAUUGGCGAAUCCACCGUAGUUAGCUGGAGUGAGAUCUGGGGAAUGUUGCUGCAGAAAGUGACUGUUCACUGUUAGCAUCUUUUAGGAAGAUUCUGAUGGGCGAGACAGAUAAAGAUACGAGUAGCGCGGCUUCGACCAACAGCAGAAGACGGAGUGGGCUAAAGGUUCUUGAUCCUGCGAUUUGUAGAUUCUUUGGGCAGCUUCCUCUGAAGCUCCGGGAUGGCUUCAAGCUGCCUCUUAAAAUGUUUAAAGGGGAAAAUGAGAGGGCGAACUCUGGAAGCUCUUCUUUGGGGCACUCGAGAGCAUUGUUGACUGAUUUUGAGGUCAAUCUGGAGAAGCAACUGCAAGCAUGGAAUGAAAAUCCAGUGUGGAUGGAUCAAGCUCCAGAAAUAAAGGUGAGUGUGCCAAAAGGAUCUCUUUGCAACCUCAAUGUAAAAGUCAAUGUGGGGUUGCCUCCGGAUGCGGUGUACAACAUUGUCACUGAUCCUGAUAAUAAGAGGGUUUUCAAGAAUAUUAAGGAAGUCAUAUCCAGAAGGGUUUUGGUCGAUGAAGGUUUAAGACAGGUUGUUGAACUGGAGCAAGCGGCCAUGUGGAAGUUCCUUUGGUGGUCAGGGACCAUUUCAGUACAUGUUUUGGUGGAUCAAAAUAGAGCAGACCACACGAUGAAGUUCAAGCAAGUGAAAACGGGGUUUAUGAAAAGAUUCGAAGGAUGCUGGAGAGUAGAACCUUUGUUUGUCGACGAGAAACUCUGCUACCCGUUCAAGCCUAAGACUUGGGAAGACUAUAAUUCUUGUACCGGAGGAAAAGGAAGGAUCGGAUCAAGCGUGAGCCUGGACCAGCUGAUCCAACCAUCUAUAGUCCCGCCUCCGCCCAUUUCUUGGUAUCUAAGGGGAAUCACCAGCAGGACCACAGAGAUGCUGAUAACCGAUUUGCUUGCUGAAACCACAAGAAUCAGAGGCGGCUUUGAUCCUGCGAAAUCGGGUGACAAUCAUGAGUCGUCUAACGAAGCUUUCGAUAAGCAACUCGAGGAAACAAGCGAUAUUAAAAAGCGAUGGGCCUUGCGGAGGAGAUCGAUGAGGCAAAGAGAUAGAAGGGUGCUAUCUGUGGAAUGAUGCUCGGGAGAUUAGUCUUGUAUCUGUCUGCAAGGAUCUAUUCUCUGUACUAAUUGCUGUCUUUGCUCCGACAGCCUCCGACUACAUCGUCACUAAAUCUUUUUGGAUGUGUCACGGUUGCAUAUUCCUUUCAAA